AUGCCUUCCGCUUCCCCUCCUUGCCCAAAACCUCCUGCCAACGGCUUCGUCGCCCUCGCGCGCAAAGUCUAUCACCCCAUCGGAUUCAAAAAGGGGUACAACUUCACCCUCUUUGUCAUCACGGCGGGCGGUAUGAUGGGUUUUUCCCUCGCCCGCAUGAUGUACUUCAACUUCAACGGCGUCUUCUGCGACCCGGACCACAACUCACGCGCGCUUCCGGGAGAGUGCUACUAUUUUCAAAAAGGUACCGCACGGGUCGGUAUCAUCAUGCACCUUGCAGGUAUUAUACCGGCUGGGUUUCUCGCAUGUCUGCAGUUCAUCCCCUUUCUCCGCCGUAGGGCCAUCUUAUUCCAUCGUCUCAACGGAUACCUCGUGGUUCUCCUGAGUAUCGUGGGCAUCAUUGGCGUCUUCCUCAUUGCACGCCGGACGUUUGGCGGUGGUGUGAGCAUGCAGACUGUUUCGGGCACCGGCAGCCUCAUGUUCCUCGGCGCCCUGGCCCUUGCAAUCUACAAUAUCAAAAAGCUCCAGAUCGAGCAGCACCGGGCAUGGAUGCUCAGAGCCUGGGUAUACGCCGGCUUCAUCAUCACCAUGCGCAUCAUCGGCUACCUCGCUGCCAUGAUCACAGCCGAGUCAAAUUACUACCAAGUCAAACAGUGCGCUAUGGUGGAUUUCAUCUUUCGCCAUGACCAGAACAUGGUUCUCGGCCUCUAUCCUGGCUGCGACGGCUACUACUCGGGAGAGAAUCCUGGUCUCAGCGUUCUUGUUCAUGCCAGCAUCACUGCUCACCAACCGGCCGAGAUUUCAGCCGGGUUUACGGCCGUCUUUGAUUCGGGAUCAUGGCUGGCUUUGGCGAUCCACGCCAUACUCAUUGAGCUUUACCUUCAUUUGACACCUGCAGAAGCAGAACGCCUCCGUCGCAUUUCGUACCAGCGCCAGCUCGAAUCCGGUAUGAAAAAUGCUGGCAAUGCGGGCACGACUGCCCAAAGACUGGGUGAUGCUGAGCCCUGGCUGCCCCCGACUGAUUCACAACAGACCGAAUGUAGUAUACUGCCGAGCUCCGAUGAGGAUGUUAAGGAGAAGAGUGUAAGCGCGGCGUAG